GUCGCAUCCCAAGGCCCGGCCCGGCACCGGCGGGAUGGUUCACGGUCAAGGAGGAGUCAAGUUCCAGAACUGGGCCAAGACCUAUGGAUCCUCUCCGGAGCUGUACUUCCAGCCUACGUCGGUGGAGGAGAUCCGGGAGAUCCUGGACAUGGCCAGGCAGAGGAACAAGAGGGUGAAGGUGGUGGGCGGUGCCCACUCCCCRUCGGAUAUCGCGUGCACUGAUGACUUCAUGAUCCAGAUGGGGAAGAUGAACAGGAUCCUCAAGGUGGACAAGGAGAAGCAGCAAGUGACCGUGGAAGGUGGGAUCUUCCUCUCGGAUCUGAACGUUGAGCUGAGCAAGCACGGGCUGGCCCUGGCCAAUUUAGGUGCCGUUUCCGAGGUGGCAGCGGCCGGCGUCAUCGGCACCGGGACGCACAACACGGGCAUCCGACACGGCAUCCUGCCCACCCAGGUGGUGGCACUGACGCUGCUGACGGCUUCGGGCGAGAUGCUGGAGUGCUCCGAGUCGCUCAACGCAGACCUCUUCCAGGCUGUCCGCCUACACCUGGGCUGCCUGGGCGUCGUCAUCACCGUCACCUUCCARUGUGUCCCCUUGUUCCACCUGCACGAGGUGACCUUCCCCUCCACCCUCACCGAGGUGCUCGAUCAUCUUGGCGACCACCUCAAGCGAUCYGAAUAUUUCCGCUUCCUCUGGUUCCCGCACAGCGAGAACGUCAGCGUCAUCUACCAGGACCCCACCAGCAAGCCCCCCUCUUCCUCUGCCAGCUGGUUCUGGGAUUAUGCCGUGGGCUACUAUUUGCUGGAGUUUCUGCUCUGGAUCAGCACCUUCGUGCCCAGCCUGGUGUGCUGGAUCAACCGCUUCUUCUUCUGGCUCCUCUUCCGCUCCCGCGUGGAGAACAUCAACGUCAGCUACAAGAUCUUCAACUAUGAGUGUCGCUUCAAGCAGCACGUUCAGGACUGGGCCAUUCCCAUCGAGAAGACCAAGGAGGCCCUGCUGGAGCUGAAGGCCGCCCUGGAGAACAACCCCAAGAUGGUGGCUCACUACCCCGUGGAGGUGCGCUUUGCGCGGGGCGACGAGAUCUGGCUCAGCCCCUGCUUCCACCGGGACAGCUGCUAUGUGAACAUCAUCAUGUACAGGCCCUACGGGAAGAACGUCCCCCGACUCAACUAUUGGCUCACCUAUGAGGGCAUCAUGAAGAAGCACGGAGGGAGACCACACUGGGCAAAGGCCCACACGUGCACCCGGAAGGACUUUGAGACCAUGUAUCCGGCCUUCCCCAAGUUCUGCACCGUGCGGGAGAAGCUGGAUCCCACGGGCAUGUUCCUGAACGCCUACCUGGAGAAGGUGUUCUACUGACAGGGUGGGAAUGGGCCCAGGAGCAGCUGGAGGAAAGAGCAGCCCCCUCAGCCCUGCUUCUUGGGACAGCGCAAAGCUCAUGGUCCUCCAAGGCUUGGAUAUGUCCCCGUUGUGGCCCUUUGAGCCCCACACCACCCCACAUGCUCCUGUCCAAGCUGAAGCCUCAAUAAAGAUCUUUUCCC